AUUACGUCUUCACAUAUUUUAAGCUGCGUUUUCUCAUUCCUCUGUAGUUUGCGCCGGCUUUGCAUAUUUCUCAAAGGUGUCCUUCAGUUUGAUUUGUAAAGACGAAAAAUGGCAUUUGAAAAGAUCAAGGUGGCCAACCCCAUCGUUGAGAUGGACGGAGAUGAGAUGACACGGGUCAUCUGGCAAUUUAUCAAGGACAAGCUGAUCUUUCCUUUUGUGGAGUUGGAUAUAAAGUACUAUGACCUUGGCCUUCCCCAUCGAGAUGCUACAGAUGACAAAGUAACCAUUGAAAGUGCAGAAGCUACUCUUAAGUACAAUGUAGCAAUUAAAUGUGCUACCAUCACUCCUGAUGAAGCUCGUGUUAAGGAGUUUGGCUUGAAGCAGAUGUGGAAGAGUCCAAAUGGGACGAUUAGGAAUAUUUUGAAUGGCACAGUCUUCAGAGAACCAAUUCUCUGCAAAAAUGUUCCUCGACUGGUCCCAGGAUGGACAAAGCCAAUAUGCAUUGGAAGGCAUGCUUUUGGAGAUCAAUACCGAGCAACUGAUACAGUUAUUAAGGGACCUGGAAAGCUGAAAUUGGUGUUCGUUCCAGAAGGGAAAGAUGAAAAGACAGAAAUAGAGGUCUUCAACUUUACUGGUGAGGGUGGAGUUGCUCUCUCCAUGUACAACACUGAUGAGUCCAUUCGUUCCUUUGCUGAAGCUUCAAUGAACACUGCAUACCAGAAGAAAUGGCCAUUGUAUCUUAGCACAAAGAAUACCAUACUCAAGAAAUAUGAUGGAAGAUUCAAGGACAUUUUUCAAGAAGUUUACGAAUCAAACUGGAAAUCCAAGUUCGAGGAAGCAGGAAUAUGGUAUGAGCACCGUCUGAUUGAUGAUAUGGUUGCCUAUGCUCUAAAGAGUGAAGGAGAGUACGUUUGGGCUUGCAAGAACUACGAUGGGGAUGUUCAGAGUGAUUUCUUAGCUCAAGGUUUUGGAUCUCUUGGGCUGAUGACGUCAGUUUUGGUGUGCCCUGAUGGAAAGACUAUUGAAGCUGAAGCAGCCCAUGGAACUGUCACACGCCACUACAGAGUUCACCAAAAAGGAGGUGAAACCAGCACAAAUAGCAUUGCUUCAAUCUUUGCUUGGACUCGAGGGCUUGCACACAGGGCAAAAUUAGACGACAAUGAUAAGCUCUUGGAUUUCACUGAGAAACUGGAAGCAGCUUGCAUUGGUGUAGUGGAGUCUGGAAAGAUGACCAAGGAUCUUGCCCUUAUCAUCCAUGGAUCCAAGCUCGGCCGAGACAAGUAUCUAAACACUGAAGAGUUUAUUGAUGCUGUGGCAGAUGAGCUCAAAGCAAAACUUUCUUGCUAAGCAAUAGUCUGGAAUGUCUUGAAUGAAAAUUUUCAGGUGGUCUGAGAUACACCAAGAAAUAAUGCGGUCAAGGAAAGUUCGAGAGACUUCUUUAUUGAUUAAAUCUUCAUUUUGAUAAUGCCCUGAAAUGGCAAUGUAGAAUAGCUACUGAGGCAGUCGCAAUGUUUACGUUGGAAGAAGCAUGAGCAUUAUCCAAAACCAUUUCGAAACUUAUAAUUUGCCUUUCGUUCUCUUUAAAUCUUUGUUUCGUCCUAUGUACCCAUAUAAACACACUAGUCAUGGUCCUCUCCAGAUCAUCCAAUAUAUCCAAAUAAAUUCACAACCUUUGGAAAAAGGUAAAAA